CUGACAUCUACCAACUCCAUCUCGAACAUGCUGCUGACCACAUAUCGUGCAACGUCCAAGUCCCUCGCCAUCAUCCUCCUACCAAACAACGACACCUAAGACAGCCACUCACGCCACUUCGGCUAAAGAUCCUGCAGCUAACUGCGCCAUCUCCACUAUAUCCCCACCAUCACCGCCCGUGGCGGUCUAAGCGCCAUCGGGUGGAGGCUGACACAAACUCCUGAUCGUCGCGCGGCUGGCGACGGUUCAGCAGAAGUCUACCUAAGGCCGAGUCUAUACGGUCUAUACCAUGGCAGACCCUUUCCACGUGGUCAAUGGCGCUCUACCAGUCAACAACCAGAUCUUCCCUGACUCGCAGCAGUAUGCCGGGACGCCACCACCGGUCCAGCACGCCCGCGAUCCUGCUGUACAUCAGCGGACGUAUCAGGCUUGCAUCCCGUGCCGAAAGCGCAAGGUUCGUUGUGACCUAGGCUCCGUCGACAACCCGAACAAGCCACCAUGUAUGCGCUGCAGACGCGAGUCCAAGGAUUGCUACUUCUCCUCUACUCGUCGUAAGAAGAAGGGUGCGAACGGCGAGGAUGCUGGCUUCGCCUCAGAUGAUGACAGCCUGGUGGAGGUAAAGACUAGCAGGAAGCGAGCCAGAGCAUCGACUGUCGAGGAAGAUGAAGACUCGAUGGAAAGGCCGCGCACACCUGGCGGCUCAGUCGGAAGGACGCAGCCAUUGCGCAGGCCGGAGCAAAAGAGACCUGUCAAGCAUACCGAGGAAGAUGAGCAGGCAGCAGAGCAGUCGGCCGCCAUGCUGCAGGCUACCGAGAUUCACAGCGGGCACGAUGCGCUCAAGGUGCUGUACGAAGCAGCUAAAAUUCGGGAGCGCCUCAACAGCCGCGAAGCGCUCGAGCGUCCUAACUUCAGCGGUACGUCACCACUGAAUAUGACUGCGGCUAUUAGUCCGGUCAUGGAGCGCAUUGGUACCGGAAGCUACAACCACGGCGGCAUGAGCAUCAUCCAGGACGAUCCAGUAUGGCGCACGAAUGGUGGCUCGCAAAGUCAUGUUCGAAGCUCCUUUGAUGGCACCUCGAAUGACAGUACAAGCUACGUUACCGCGGUGAAUGCAUGGUCUCGUUUCCGGUUCGUGCGUGAAGGCUGGUUUACGGCUAAGGAGGCCAUUGACUAUAUCCAGUACUUCUACAAGUAUCUGGCCCCUCUGACGCCCGUCGCUUUACCGGACUUCAGACCGUUCGAAACGCACCAGCGAUUACUGGAGAAAGAGCCCAUGCUCACCAUCACCAUGUUACUCAUCGCCUCCCGUCACGCCAAGCUGGAGGGACCCGGCUCUGUCAGUCGCCCGUACGAGAUCCAUAAGAGGCUCUGGAGCUACCUGCAGGGCAUGAUCAACCGUGUCGUCUGGGGCCAAGAGCAAUUCGGCGGUGGCUUCUGCGGCGCUGGCAGCGAGCCGGCAAGCGAUGUCAACCCACUUUCUCGCCGCGGCCUGCGUACGCUUGGCACGGUGGAAUCUCUGGUGCUACUCACGGAAUGGCACCCACGCAUGAUGCACUUCCCACCAGAUGAGGCUGAUAGCGAGCUCAUGAUGCCCGUAGAGCCGGUCAAAAGGGCGAACCGUGAGAUGAUCGACGAGCAGCAAGGCUUGACAGCCCACCGUAUGGACGCUUGGCUCGAGCCAGUCUGGCGUAGCGACCGCAUGUGUUGGAUGCUCCUCGGCAUGGCCAUGUCCCUUGCCAUGGAAAUAGGUGUCUUCGACAUCACGGACUGGAACAGGCACAACAAAUAUCAGCUCGGUGCCAUCCUUAGCCCUUCCGCCGAAGAUUUGGAGACGUACAACAAGCGCCGCGGCAGUGUCAGGGACUUGCUACUGGUAUACGUCACGCAGACUAGCGGUCGGCUUGGCCUCACCACAAUGCUCCCAAGUGACUACAGCAAACCGGAAGACAGUGAGCUGUUUAAGCGAGGUGUCGGCCAGCAUGGCAACAUGCAAGAAACUGUGAUGCACUUCUGGCUGCGCAUGGCGGCUAUCAUCCGCGAGGGUAACCAGCAGAUCUUCGCGAACAAGGCUUUUACGCGCGACCUCAUCAAGAAUGGCGAUUACAAAACUGCCAUUGAGCGCAUGCAGGAGCCGCUCGCUGCGUGGCUGCAGGAGUUCCGGGCGUGCACGUCAAUGCCCAAGUACAUGCGUGCGAUUCUAAUGAUUGAGUACAACUACUGCAAGGUCUAUCUCAAUGCGCUAGCGCUGCAGGCUGUGGCCGAGCGCUGCGCGAAUGAGCAGCCGGUGCAGAAUCUGUUCGAAACGCCGGUCGAGGCUGCCAAAUCCGCCAUCUCGACCAACGGCAUCCGCAUUGACAGUGCCAUACAACCGCAAACGCUGGCGAAAUGGCUCGGCGGCGAUCGCAAGUACAUGCUGGCGGUAGGCGACGCGGCGCGUAAUCUCCUGAAGGUGGUCGUCGACGAUCUGUACCCGCAGGAGUAUCUCCGCCACGCCCCCGUUCGGACCUACUUCCGCGUUAUUAGCACUGCGAUGAUGCUACUCAAAUCCUUCUCUCUUGGCGCAAGCGAGAGCGACAUUGUGGAGUCGCUUCAGCUUCUUGACCGUACAGUCACUGCCCUCAAGACUUGCAUUGUGGAUGAUGUGCACGUUGCCAGUCGCUUCGCUGAGCUGCUGCAGACAUUAAGUGACAACCUCAAGCCAAGGCUCGUCAGGAUCUCCGCAGAUGGUCGUGCACCAAGGAGUGGCAGGAUCAGUCAGCGCGACACACCCGCUCCUACGCUUGGCCCGAGCGAGCUGGGCAUGAGAUCCCGUGCUCCUUUUGCUUCGACAACUUCGGCUCAGGCAGUUGCAGGCGCCAUGCAGACGCAGCAGCAGCGGCAACAGCAGCUUUGGAACCUCAACGGCAGCUUCGACAACACACUACCCGCAGCGACAAGUAGCAACUUCGGCAACACUGUUAACGGUAUCUCAGACAACCUACACGAUCUCGGCGAGAGCGACAUGAUAGUCAUGCCUCCACCCAACUACCUUUCCUCCCCAAUCAAGUCCAACAUUCCAUACAUGGGCGCCUACGAUCCAGUGCAUGGCACCAACACCUUUGGCAUGCCGAACAACCACAGUAGCAACAGCCCGCAGGAGGACUGGUUAGCCCUGCCCCUCAACAAUCUGUAUGGUUAUGGUGGGAACGACCACCACGCGGUCGUCAGACAGACGAUGGGUGGGCCGGUUAUUGAUGGGCAUGAUAUGCUCGAGGUUCUUUUCGCGGAUGGCAAUGGCUUCGAUGGUGGGCAGAACGGCUAUAACGAACUCUCCGGGCAGUAUCGCGGCAGCGAUGAGUUCGGUGGGAAUUAGCGACUCUUACGGCUACCCAGCUACAGCAACCUACGAUAAAGUCUACGUUCACCUUUCCACUUACGGCCGCCUUUACGACUUACGGCUUACGACCUUUACGAGACUGCUUCAAGCGCCGGCUUAACGGCUGCAGACGAUCAUUUCGAAGACCUUACCAGCGAGCGCGCAUAAUGACUAUGCUCUGGGGUCGCUUCAGCGUUUCACUAUAGACACUGCUUCCAGCGGCUCAUCAGUUACGGCGUGCAUUUCAGCGGUACCUCGAGUGCUUACCAUAUUUGAUUUGAUCAGCAAAUACCCUCCAGAUGAGCUCAAUAUUAUCCUACCGAGUAAAGGCACGUCACAACGUGAGUUGCCGCUAAACAUUUUCUCUGGCACUAUGGAGCAGGUUUCCCUCCCCACAUGUAUAACGCACCGAUCUGCAUGUCCAUCAUCGCC